AUGCUAUUGUUGUAUCUUGCUAUAUUAUUGAUUCCUAUAAAACAUCUUGUGAAUCUUCCUGAUUUGUUAGACUAUUCAAAAAUAAUUGCAAAAUCUUGUAUUAAUGUCCUGUCAAACUGUACAGUUGCAAAAUCUACGACUAGAAUAGUCUAUGCUAUACCACUGCAGGGUGCAAUGAAUAUUGACUCGAAACCACUCAGUUCACAAGACAACAUCAAAGAUUCCAUUAUGACUGGUGCAGAAGAAAAUAUUAACUGCACUUGUGAUUGCGGUGGCAACAGUAGUAAGUGUGUGUCUGUGACGGCCGAUGAUAUUAUAAACCAGACCUUUGAAUCAUCAGAUGCAGCUUAUAACUUGUAUGUACGUUAUGCGAUGUGUCUCGGGUUUGGAAUUUGCAAGGGUGAUACAGCACGUGGAAAAGAUGGAACACAGCGUAGAAGGAGGUUUUUUUGCAGCAAGGAAGGAAAGAGAGCCGAGAAAUACAUAUCUAGUAUGAGUAGGAAGAGGGAGCAUAGAGCGCUGACUCGCACUGGCUGUGAAGCCAUGCUUGCGGUGUAUCUUGACACUAAAACUUUGACUUGGAGGGUUAAAAAAUUAGUCGAGAAACACAACCACGAUCUUGUCCCACAAUGCUUGGUACACCUUAUUCCAAACCACCGAGGGUUGACUGAGCCACAAAAAGCUCAGGUGAAUACCAUGCAUGAUCAUGGUCUUCAACCUCUAAAAUAA